GACAGAAAGAAUCCAAGAGAUGUCUUCCAGAAGUCCUAAAGAUUUAAUUAAAUGUAAAUGGAGAUCAAAGUCUACUAACUCCAAAUCAGAAACUGCAUUAGAAAAAUUUGGGGGAAUAACUGCAGCCUUACAAACGUCAGUGGAUGAAAUCCCAAGCAGAAGAGAAAAGCUGACUGACAAAGAGACACACAGACUUUUGGAGAAAAUUCAAGUCCUUGAAGCUGAGAGGGUGAAGAAUGCUUAUCAUCUCACAGAGAAGGAUAAAGAAAUACAGCGACUCAGAGACCAGCUGAAAGCCAAAAAUAGUACUACUGCAUUACUUGAAAAGCUAGAAGAGAAAACAAAGGAAGAUGAAAGGAAGGAACAACUGUUGAAAUCCAUGUCUGAAGAAUCAAAUGUAUUGAGACAACAGCUGUCUACUAUACCUGCAACAUUUGCUGAACUUGAAACCAAACCAUUUCAUUUAUCACAGACUGAGACUACAAACUGCUUCAACUCAUCAAUGAAUAAUAUUCAUGAAAUGGAAAUGCAGCUGAAAGAUGCUCUAGAGAAAAAUCAGCAAUGGCUUGUGUAUGAUCAGCAGCGAGAAGUCUACGUAAAAGGACUUGUAGCAAAGAUCUAUGAGUUGGAACAGAAAUUGGAAACAGCUGCUCAUUCACUCCCAAAGCAGACAAAAAAGACUGAAUCAGAAGGUUAUCUUCAAGAAGAAAAGGAAAAACAUUAUUACCACCUCUUAGCAAAUGCAAAAAGAGAUCUUGAGGUUGAUCGACAAACUAUAACUCAGUUGAAUUUUGAACUUCGUGAAUUUCAAAGAAAAUAUGAAGAAACCCAAAAAGAACUUCAGGACUUAAAUAAACUGUUGUGUUCUCAAAGAAAGGCUAAUGUACAACAUCUGGAAGAUGAUAGGCAUAAAACAAAGAAAAUACAAAGGCUCAAGGAAGAGAAUGAUAUUGCUAGGGGAAAACUUGAAGAAGAGAAGAAGAGAUCUGAAGAGCUCUUAUCUCAGGUCCAGUUUCUUUACACGUCUCUGUUAAAUCACCAAGAAGAACAAACGAGGGUAGCUCUGUUGGAACAACAGAUUCAGGCAUGUACUUUAGACUUCGAAAAUGAAAAACUUGACCGUCAAAAUAUGCAGCAUCAAUUGCAUGUAAUUCUUAAAGAGCUUCGAAAAGCAAGAAAUCAGAUAAUACAUUUGGAAUCCUCGAAGCAGCUUCCUGAAUUUGCCUUCACUGAGCCAUUAGUCACUUUCCAAGGAGAGACUGAAAACAGAGUAAAAGCUGCCUCACCAAAAAGUCCCACAACUGCACUGAAUGAAAGCCUGGUGGAAUGUCCCAAGUGCAGUAUCCAGUAUCCAGUCACCGAACAUCGAGAUCUACUUGUCCAUGUCGAAUACUGUUCACAGUAGCAAUAUAAUCAUUCUUUAUUUUUUGUCAAGAGAUUCAAUACUGUACCUUACAUUAGUGAAGGAACAUUUUUAAUUCCUUAUUUCACCUCAUCUAUAAGAAACUGCCUAUCUACCUUUGAGACUCUGGGAUAGAAGUGUAUUUUUGGGCUUCUUUGCAUUUUCCGUGGCAGUGAUACCUCCCUGAGAUGGUUCAUAUUCAGGCUUCGGCGUAUGCUGAGAAAACUGACAUUUUGCACUAUUAAAGUACUUGAUGGAGAAAAGAUAGUUCAGGUUAUUUGUGAAUUAAAUCUAUACACAGGCAAGCAAAUAUUUUGUGUUUUGUGGGUUUUUAAAUAUGGAAGAUAAUUAACCAAGUACCUUACUGUCAGCACUUUUUAUCUAAGCACUUGGUAUAUAUAAAUAUACCUACAAUUGAGUCCAUUGUUAAAAGAUGGUGAUACUUUCUUUCACUUUUUCGUUGCUAUUAUAGAGCGGUUAUUAGACAAGUUGGGAAUUUUCUUGGUCUUUAUUGCUGCUUACUGCUGAAAUGAAAACCUACCUGUGUUCUAAGCACAAAGCAUAUUCUGCCUAAGAAGUACCUCUAAGUAGUCAUAUACACAAUGUUUUCUGUCAUAUUAACUGGCUAUAACUUUAAGUUGAAUUUCAUUAGCACAUACUAGUCAGCUAAAAUUGUUAAAAUGAAUUUUAACAAAACCAU